CAGUCACAGACAAGUCGAGAAGGUCGUGAGGUUUUUCAACAAACUCCUAUCUUAUAUUGCAUCACUUUUGUUACUUUAAAAUAAUACUACAAAAUGGGAAGCGCUAACGCGAAAGCCGUGGAUGCCAAGAUGCCAGCGGCGCCGGCACCAGCCGCCACGGAGAAGAAGUUGAAGCCGUGCUGCGCCUGCCCGGAAACGAAGAAAGUCCGAGAUGCCUGCAUAAUGGAGAAGGGCGAGGAAAACUGCGGCCAUCUCAUAGAAGCGCACAAAGCCUGCAUGAGAUACCUGGGUUUCAACAUCUAAAAACAAUAUUAUUUUAAGACGGUAUUUCCAUUGGUAAUAUUUGACUAAUAACCUUAUACAACUCUGACAGGACACAUAUAUAUGGCAAAUAUAGUCAGUUGAAGUACCCAAAUGUCCAAUUUUGGAUGAUACAGUAAGGGUGAAGUCACAUUAUCAGCAAUCAAGCCACAUUUUGUGUAUGAGAAAUUGUUAGUAUGAAAAUUCGCAUGCAUGCUUUUGAGCUUUCGGAUGCAUAAGCGUCUUCAUACUAACAAGCAUUUUCUCAUACACAAGAUGUGGCUUGGUGCUGAUAGAUGUGACUUCACCCUCAGUGCGUUUUCACAUUAUCCGAUCCGAUAUCGGAUGUCGGACCGAUAUCCCAUACAUUACAGGCGCCAUCUUGGAUUUUUUCUAUUGAAAUCCUUCCGACAUCCGAUAUCGGAUCGGAUAAUGUGAAAAUGCACUAAGGAUCAGACCAGUAACUAAUUUUUCUCUACUUUACUACGGGCUUCAAAGAUUAAUCCUAGUUCCAGUCUUACAAUAUUAGUAAGUAACAAUCUAAACUUGAUAAUAAUAAGCUGUUUGUGUUUGCACAAGUUUAUUUAAGUUCACAGAGAAAUUACUAUUGUAUCUGUUUUUUUUUUUUGUGGAAAGCUCUGACUAAAAGUGGGAUUAAAUUGCAACAGGUUUGAAUAUUUGAUUUUAACUUUGUCCUGUACUGCCCUACAAAAAUUAUCAGUCAGUAUACAAUUGCAUUUUAUUAAUUAACUUUAUUUGUAGUACUUAAAUAUUAUGAUUGAAAACCAAAUAAUACAAACAAAAUUAAGGACUUAGUAUAAAAGUGAGUGAUUAUCUAGUAUUUUAGCUAUACCUAGUUUAGUAUUUUAAAAUCUCAUUUAUGUAGGUUAUAUACUAGAAUGUCAGACAAAAUUCUUUGAGCUUUAUGAAAAAGUAGUUUUGGUCUAAGAUGUAGUUUUUUUUUCUGGUCAAUUAGAUUUCAUGUUAUGUUCACAUUGAAAAAAUUGUGUGACAACUUUUUGCAUAAUCUUCGCAAAUGCAGACACUGUUUAUUUCCAUUUUAUUACUAAGUCUGCAUUAGGAACGUAUUUAUUUUCAUUAAUGUAAAUAAAAUAAAUAAUUGUUUGUUAUA